AAACACUCCCUCGUUUCCUUCGGCGUUGGCGGUUUUUUCCAUUUACUAAAGUCCCCCGUCUUUCGUUUGUCUGCUCUGUGAACAUACCUUAUAGAUAUGAGUACGAAACCCUUCGACCCCUCCUCUCUCCAGGCAUUUGGUCACGCCGCCGCCGGCCACGAUGGCGUAAUGUCCGACGCCAGCGGCGCCAUCCUCGUCAAACCCUGCACCCAAGCCGAAGUCGACUUCUACCAAACCGUCGCUCAAUCGCAUCCGAACCUCCAACCCCAUCUGCCAACUUUCCUAGGCACGCUCGCUCUCGCUGCCGACGACGCCUCCAAAGUCCCCGAGACCCCGGAAUCAGGGGUCGUACAGACCGAUAAUGGAGUGGAGAGGUUGCAUGGCAAGAAAUUGGAUACGGAGCUGCACAUUGUGCUGGAGAAUAUCACGCAUGGGUUCAAGAAGCCGAAUGUGCUCGAUUUGAAGCUGGGCGCUAGAUUGUGGGAUGAUGAUGCGAAACCGGAGAAGAGGGCCAGGUUGGACGAAAUCAGUGCGUCAUCUACGAGCGGGAGUUUGGGCUUCCGGAUAGCGGGUAUGCGGACAUAUGUGGGCGAUAAGUGGGAGGUGGCGAGGGAGAACGAGAAGUUUGUCGAGGAAGAUAAGGAGGGGUUUCAUGUCUACAAUAAGAUGUAUGGCAGGAAUUUCAAGGAUGCGGAAGACGUCAAGGCCGGGUUCCUCUCGUUCUUGCUACCGAGGAGCAGGAGCAGGGAGGAGCUGGAGAGGGCGAGGGAGGUGGCUACGUAUUUCAUCGACGAGAUACGGGAUAUUCAGAAGGUUCUCGAGAGCAAGGAGAGUAGGAUGUACUCUGCGAGUUUAUUACUGGUAUAUGAGGGUGAUAUCAACGAGUACGAAAAGUCGAAAGAGAGCCUGAUCAACAAGUCGGGACCCGAAGAGAAGGAAACUGAGGGCGAAGAGGAGGACGCCGACGACGAGGAAGAAGGCCCUAAGUUGGCCGUCGUCAAAAUGAUCGACUUUGCGCAUGCAACGUUCCAGCCCGGGCAGGGACCGGACGAGAACGCUAUUAGGGGGAUGAGAAGCGCGAUCGCGGUAUUCGAGGGCGUAUCGGAAUCUGUGGAGAGUCUGAUCUCGGAGUGUGAGUCCGGCGAACACUGACUGCAACCCACUCAAGAGCAUUUACAUUUGAGUAUGAGAUAGAAAUCCAGAUACCCAAGCGAGCCCUGCACGCUCAAUCGUUCUCAU